GUCAAAUUUAAUCACAAAUUAGAACAGCAGUAAGUGCGUUUAAUAAAAUAAAAAUUAUCUCUCUGGUACAAGAAAGGAAGAAGUGUCUCUAUACUUUUAGGCAUACCAAGGACUACCAUUUCAAAGGACAAAGUUCAUUUGAAUAAAGGUAAAAGAGAAGGUCACAUGCCACAGGAUUCUCCGCAUCCUUUGAUUCCCCGGUUUGCAGACAUCAUGUACCUGUUUGCAAUCCUGCUAAUCGCUUAUAUCAUCGACACUCUCUUUACGCAUGUAAAAAUCUCAACUCCCAACGAAGUCAUCAUAAUCCUCUUCGCUUACAUUUGGGGAAUGCUGGCAUACUACUACACGUUUCCUUACUUGGGAUCUAACAUCGUCCGAAUCUCCUCCCUCGAAAUGUUUUAUCUCUACGUGCCAAUACUUGUCUUUCACCGGUCUUUUUGCCUCGACGUCCACAUUUUCAUAAAAACUCUUCCCCAAAUCUUGAUCAUUGGCGUUCCCGUUACAAUACUAACGGGUUGUAUUUUCGGCUUGCUUCUUAUCAUGAUGAUAGCACCUGAAACUGCAACCAUUGGAGCUAUUUGUCUCGGUUUAUUUAGUAUGCCCCUCAACCCCGCAACAAUGGUCGAUCUGUUGAAGCAGCAGUCAAUGAGGACAAGACAUAUCAGCGUUCUACUGGAAGGUGAAGCGGUGAUUUGUCUCUUAGUGAUUGACCUUACUCAGCAACUCGUAAUAGCAACAUCGGAGAAAAUAAUGGUCUAUUGGUACCAAUUCGUGAUGGUGAUUUUGCGGAUUUUUGUUUUUGGUAAGUUGGUUAAAUACCAAAAGUAUCACCUCCUUGUAGGAAUCUUAACAGGGUAUUUGUCGGGGGUUUUGGGUCAGUGCUUGAUUCGAAGAAUGUACUCUGAUCGUAUGAGCGUCAUUCUCAUGAUUUCGGCUUUACCUUUCUUUACUUAUUCCGUGUCGCAAAUAUUUUUAUCUGGGUGUGGAUCUGUUUCUGUUAUCACUUUAGGGAUUAUGAUGAGCAUAGAAAGAACAGCUGUGAGUAAAAAUAUUGAUAAUUUUUUGACAAACUAUUGGGAACUCAUCGCCUACAUAAUGGACACUGUUGUUCUUGCACUAAGUGCGACCUAUGCCGGCUGUUAUGUCAUUCCCUUCAUGAACUGGGAAGCUUUUGUCUUGAUAAUUGUAGCGUAUGUAGUCAAUUAUGUUUUGCGUUUUGUUUCGUUCCUAUUAUUUUCCCCCAUAAUCAGUCGAUUAGGGUAUGGAAUGGAACUAAAAGCCAUGGUGGUGUGUGUCUGGGGAGGUAUCAAAAGCCCUUUUGGUUAUCUUGUAGUUUUCAAUUUCGUCAAAAGACAUGCUUUCAAAACCCAGGGAGAAAAUAUUUUCUUUUUCUAUAUAUUUGGCCUCAGCAUCAUUUCGAUGCUUAUCAAUGGAACUUUCUGUCGAACCAUUUUAAAAGUAUUGGGAUUUACUAACAUCUCUAUGGCGAGACAAGUCAACAUGAACAAUUGCAUGAAACAUAUUUUUACAAAAAGAGACCGGAUUAUUGCCAUUUUAAAAAUGGAUAGGUUGUUAGCUGACACUAACUGGAAAGUAGUCUACGAAGUCACAAAUAUGCAACAUCCAUACCACCUCGGGUUAGACAAUGAAGAAGACGACCCGUUUUUCCUGGGUUAUAGAUUCACGAUCUGUCCCGAUUGCAACAAAGACCUGGUUCAAGAACCAACUCAGAAAGAAUUAAAAGAAAUGAGCAAAGAAGCUAAAAUGCGAAUACUCAAAGCGAAAAAAAUGUCAUUUUCAAGACAAUUUGAGAAUGGUAUGAUCACAAAACAAGCGAUUCGGGUGUUGAAUCAAGCAAUCGAGCUCGCGAUGGAUUCGGGAGAUGUCAUGUUGGAAGUCGAUAAUUUGGAAAAACGAUUUGUCGAAGAGAAUUUUUUCCAUCGGUUCUUUCGAAAUCGACUCGAGUGUAUGCAAAAUAAAGGUACAUUACCACGUAGGCCACCCAUAACCUAUUGGCGACGGCUUUGUUACCACGUUGUUAUGAAUACAAUCCUCGACAAAGCAAUGCUGUUGGUAAUUCUUGUCCAUGCGUGUUUUUUGAUGGCGCAUUUAUAUUUUCACUCGUCAAUAUUUACGAAAAAUAAACAAGUCCAUAAUAGAAACUUAGAAGUCAUUUUAUUGGCUAUAAAUAUCCUAUUCACGUUUAUCUACGUUUUGGAAUUUGUAAUAAAAAUAAUGGCGUUUUCGUGGGUAUACAUUUGGUCUCAUGGAGUUCGUGGUUAUUUCAAGUCGGUGUGGAACAUCACAGACUUUUUGGUGAUUAUACUAAACCUUUUCAACGUUGGUAUUGACUUAGCCAGUUUCAUUCACAACCUCGAAGGUAAUAACAUUUACAGUGAAAUAGUUGACAUUCUGAUGAUUUUGCGUUUUGUACGACUCCUUCGAGUUUUCGAGAUUUUCUACCAGAACUUUAUGAACUGUUUGGCUCGAAGUGCCGACCGAAAAAUGUCAUUCACUUACGAGCUAGGCAAGAGUUUUGCUACAAGCGAAGGCGAGAUUUUAGAUAUGUUACCCUACAUUAUUGACAAUAAGAAAAUUCGUGAAGAGAUUAAAGCUAAGAUAGAGAAUGACAGAAUUAUAAUUACAAAAAUGUUAGGUGUGGUCCAAAAGGAGAGACCAUGGGUGGCAAUCACCGUCAAGACAAAACAAGCAAUUAGAACGGUCCUGAGCAGCAUGAACGAUGCGAUAAAUCAGCUCAAAAUUGCAGGAUGGGUGGAUAACUAUGAGCAAGAGAAAUUAGAAUUUGCUAUGGCCGAAUUGUACAAAAAAGUCAAUGCCAUCAAAAUGGUGCAACCUAGUCCGCCACAAGUGAUUUUCAAGGAAGUGUCGUGGAUGCCGAUUGAAAAUGAAGUAAUUGACUAUCUAUUUGACAAUGUUAGUGUAAAAAAAUUUGAGCCUGGUGAUAUUGUCUUUGGAGAAGGGACUGUGGCGGAUGGAAUUUACAUUGUUGUGACAGGACUCUUUAUGAUUAGUUACGUUCCCCAGUCAAGUGUUUUAAACGGUUUGCACUCUUUUGGUAUCCUACCCAUUGUGGAUUACCUUGCAGGAACAAAAUACGAAGAACCAUCUCUUGACUAUAUAGUUUCAGGCAAUUGUAUGGGAGAAUUGAGUACUCUAACCGAAAGGGCGUAUAAUUGCACGAUCAUGGCAGAGUCUCAUAGUCAGGUUUACGUUUUAAAUAAAGCAAUAAUCAAACAAGCAAUGCAACUUAGCCCAGACCCCGUUAAAGGGCUAGAAUGCCGAAUUUGGAAAGAAAUCAGUGUUCGAAUUGCUUUCCCUCUCCUUCUCUCAGUCCCAGCGUACCAAGCCUUCUCCCAAGACCAAAUCAAAUACGCUCUCGAGCGAGCCUUUGUCCCCAAUUUAUCAAAUUACAAAAUUUUUACUGUCACUGACAUCAUCCAAGACAUUAUCCUCAUCGACGGAGUCACCGCUGACUUUAACACUAGAGAAAAAUUCGUCGCUCCUUGCUGUAUUCCUCGAACCGUCCACAAACUCAUUUUACCCACGAGUAGUCUGAUGAAUCUUCCAAUUGAAACAAAACUUUUAAUUAUCCCUGAGAAAGACAUAAAUGAGUAUGAUGUAAUGCUCCUAGCUGAAGAAACUUGCGAAAUGGUAAAUACAGGCUCAUCUCAAAAAUGUCUUUUACAUGCGGCGAAGCAACGAAUGAGAAAUCGACGAAAAUUAAGGGGAAAAAUAUCGUCUCAGAGAAGAAUUCGUCUUGAUGAUCUUUCCUCUGUUGGCACAGAAACAAGCGCAAGUCAAGCUGAGAAGGAAUCGGGAGAUUUGGUGGGAGAUUUGGUUUAUAAGAGUAGCCACUACGGUGGAUCCAGUAUGGUUCUUAUGAAAUUAGGAGAAGAAGAAGACGACGAAGAAGAUGAAGAUCCGCAAGAGUUGUUCAAUACCCAAGCGGCGCGAAAACGUAGACAAACACUGAGUUAUUUCGAGUAAUUUUUAAAAAAUGAAAUUAAUAAAACAAUUA